GAUGUUCUUUCUCUGCCUUGACACCACCAAGGUUAGGUGGAAAGUGGGUUAAUACCGCAAGAAAACAACGCCUUGUUGUGGGGAGGUUCAUCAUCCAGGCAUCAACGAGGAUAUGGUUAAUCUUUAUCAUGCUCUCCAACUGUUUCAUGGGCCGGCGAGAGCCUUGGGGCGCAUGCGGCCGUUCAUCCUCGAUGCCAGUGGCUUGUUGAGGAACUGUUCCGCUGGAGGCAGUCAUGUACGUGCAUUUUCUGUGGCGGCCGCAGAAGAUGAUGUCAUCAAGGCAGCGUUUUCGAAGCAGCAGCAGAACUUCAGGGCCACGUUGAAGGAGCUUGAGAAAGUGAAAGGCCCAAUGGAUCCGGAGGACCCAGCGCAGGUGGAGAAGUAUGCCAGUAUCAUGAAGUCCGUCAGGCAGAAGCUUGGUGUUCCUUCAAUGUCAGAGAAACUUGGAUCUCUGAUUGAUGAGGCUUAUGAAUCCUCCCCGGAUGUGCGAUCCUUCCUGGAAGAAUCGAAGCGCAUCCGGCAAGAACUUGGGAUCGAGGAUUACUUAGGAGUGUCUUCGUUAACCAUGGAGGCACUUGACCAAAUUGAGCAGAAGUCAGGAAAGCGCAUCUCUCUCUCGGAUACGAAGGAAAUGGCCGCAUUCAGACAAGAGAUUCAAGCCAUCAACCAGAAGCUUGGAUUAACAGAUUCACUGGAGCAAUUGGAGCAAGAGGUAGAGCUGGAUAUGGCGAAGGAGGAGAUGAAUGAGAUGAAGAAUGCUGCAUCGGAGAAGAUGGAGAGUGUCAAGAAGAAGGAUGGGCUGGAGUUCAUUAAUGUGGACCUGAAGACUCUUAAUCCAUCUGCCUAUCUUUAGGUGCGGCAUGUGCCGAGUUUUCAGCAACACUCUUGCUACAUUGAAUGCCUAUCAAGCUGUACUCCACUGAAUGUAGACCGACCAGUGCCUAUACUGAUUGCAAUAUGUGAGCGGCUGUGCUCCUUCCACCGAGCGAGUAGCUUAUACUUCUAUUAAACCUCCAGUACCUUUCUCAGCUAUCAAUGCGGAGCCUAAAAUCACCCUGUGUGCCAAAAAAAAACAAACCGGCGCGGUCUGGUAAGUACCGAACUGCGCUUGGCUCCCGAAUAUACCGGCGCGCAUUUGAUUUUCAAGCGGGGAAAGGCACUGGUGGUUUAACGUGGGUGUGCUCAUCUCAGGUAACAUGUGUGCGUUCACCUUAGUUUACACAAGAGGCUUUCUGCAACCGAGGGGUUGUGCACUACUCAAUGUGGACUGCUGAGCAUGUCAACUCGGGCUAGAACGCG